AUGUUUUAUUGUAUUGCUAUGAAAUUAUAUAAAAUAAGUGAGGUACAUUAUAUAAAGAAGAAAAUGGUCUCUGCACCAUCAGCAUCAUUAUCAGCAUCAGUAUCAGCAUUUGUUUCAACACCAUCUGCAUCAGCAUCAGUAUCAGCAUCCUCUGCACCAUCAUCAUCUUUAUCAGCACCAUCUGCAUCAGGAUCUGUUUUAUUUGCACCAGCAUCAUCAGCAUCAUAUACAUAUGCACCAUCUGCAUCAGCCUCAGCCUCUGUACCAUCAGUAUCAUCUGUACCAGCAUCAUCUGUAUCUGCAUCAGUAUCCGCAUCAUCUGCCUCUGCCUCUACCUAUGCACCACCAGCCUCUACCUCUUCACCAUCUGCAUCAGUCUCUGCACCAUCACCAUUAUCAAGAACCAAUAAAUUUAGAAAGCCAGUAUCCAUAAAUAGUUCUGCAUCCACAUCAACUGGCAAUAGUCCAAUGAAGAAAAGACCAUUGGAAUUAGAUAAUGUAAUAAUUUGUGAUAGAGAAUUUUCAAAAAAACUUAAACUCGAAGAUGAAGAGAAAAGAAUCCAAAAAGAAAAAGAAGAAAAAGAAGAAAAUCAAAGAUCAAGAUUAAGUAGCCUCCAAAGACAAAGAGAAAGAGAAAGAUCAGAAAUUGAAGAGAGAAAAAGAUUAGAGAAUCUUCAAAAAGAAUUACAAAAAAGAUUGGAACAAGAAAGAUUGGAAAAGGACCGUUUAGAAAGGGACGAUAAAUGCACCAUUUGUAUGAAUGAAAUAGAGGCCAGCGAACUCGCAUUUAUUGAAUGCGUUCAUAGAUUUUGUUAUGAAUGUAUUUUCGAAUGGUCAAAAUGUUUCCGUACCUGUCCAAACUGCAGAAAACCAUUUAGGGAUGUUAGAUCAAAUUCUUUCUCUUUCAUUAUCCACACGUGCUCGCUAUUUAAAGUCUACAAUGGGGUACGCUUAAGUUUAAAAUCUGAAUCUUUCUUUCUCAACAUCAAAAGGUUUGCAAAGUAUACAUUGGGGUUCUUGUCCAUUCUUUCUUUUUCAUUAUCAAAAUAUUAUAGGUCACAAAACAAAUUUUGGGGUUCUUGCCUAAGCUUUCAUAAAUCAGAGAUCAAGCAUUGGGGUUCUUGUCUAUUCUUUCAAAUUCAUUAUCAACAAAUUUAA